GCAAGAUCGACGCAAGACGGAUCCGAAAAUCAUGAUAGGACCAGGCGGCGAUGCGCCCAUGGCGCUGGCCGUUCUUUGGGGCUUGACGGGUCUUGCUUUUUUCUUCGUGCUGCUGCGAUUGUAUACUCGUCUUGUCAUCCUUCAAGCCUACGGCGUGGACGACCACUUCUUCAACCUCGCUUUCUUCCUCUUCGUCGCCUACGAUGUCAUGCUCACAAUUUCCUCCUUCUACGGCUUUGGCAGGAAUAUCCUAGAACUUGAGAUGGAAAACGUGCCAAAAGCGAUCUUGCACGAGGCAAUCGGCAGCACAAUCCUCGUAUCAGCCAUCGUCGUCUCCAAAGCCUCUCUAGCACUGUUCCUCCUCCGCCUUGUGAACACUCGGCUGCACCAGAUCCUCGUCAUCGCCCCCGUCGUCAUUCUAUUCCUCAUCGCCUUGGCCUCUCUUCUCGUCUUCUGGUUCUCCUGUACGCCGAUCAACUUCCUGUGGGACCGGCUGAUCCCCGACGGAAGCUGCCCUAUCGACCCCGGUCCCAUAUCAACGGUUGCGGGGGCUUGGAGCGUCGUCGUCGACUUUUGGUAUGCCAUUACGCCGUGGGCACUACUGUGGAACGUUCAGAUGCCGAAGAGAGAGAAGUUGCUCAUCAAUCUGAGCAUGAGUUUGGGCGUCAUUGCUGGCGCAUGCGGGAUUCUGAGAGCUUUGCAGCUCAAAAAUCUGAGUAGUGUGAACUUCACCAAGGACACGGUUGCCUUGAUAAUAUGGCAUGCGGCAGAACUGGCAGUAACUCUCGGUUGGCUCAGCAAGUGGUCAUCCCGAAACGGCAGUAGGCCUGGACCAUACACUAGAGACAUGACCGGAUCCAACUUGGGGUUCGGUUUGAAGACGAUCGGCGGCACCGACUACACUGUCAGAGUCGGGUUGAAGACGCCAGACUUGGACUUGGGAAGCCUCGCGGGUCGAAGCGGCGAGGGACGAUUCGGAAGCGGGACGAGGUCUGGUGGAAAGGGCUUCGGCGACAACGAGAGCGUGGAUUCAAUACUGGGUCCGGAUGAUCGUUACGGCCAGGGGCGGAACGUGGACAUCGAAAGGUAUUCCAGUGAAGAGGGAAAGGCGGGGAAGCAAAAUAUACACGUCUGGGUGAAGUCGGAAGUGGUUGUCAAGUCGACAGCAAGAGACUAA